AUGCGCAAAAAGAAGCGAGAGCAGCUCAAAAAGGAAAAAGACGCCUUGAACGGUGCGGCAGAACUAGCAGCAGUGGAACCUGCAGCAGCACCUGAAGCGGAGACCGCUGCGCCGAGCAAGCGAAGUCUCAAGAGGAAGAAGGCAGCAGCUAAGAAAGCAGCUGCCAAGGAGAAAGCGCUGGCAUCAGCAGCUCCUACCGUGCCCACGGAAUCCAUUGAUGAGAUCUUCGCCAAAAGAAAGCCGCAAGAGUCAGGAGAGAAAGAGGCAGAGAGUGCCCAAAAACCAAAGCGAAAACUGCGGAAACGACCGAAAGGAUCAGCUGACGAUCCGCUGGGCAGGUCCGGUGUCUGGACGGACGAUGGCCUUGGAGGAAUCUACAACAAGGAGGGCUGGACAGGAAGACGCACUGAGUCCGACCAACUGCGCAUUUUCAAGGCGCAUUUGAUACAGGCCUGGGGCCCCGACCGCCGCAUCGCUUCCAUUCGGGGGCCAUUUAUGUUGGCCAAUGGUGUGGCAAUCAGCGCCACGGAUUUGGACGCCAGACCUGGCCAGAUGGAGCCCAGUAUGAGGGUUGCUGGUCCAAUAGCUCAGCUUCUGGGUAUGGUCGAUUCAAGUUCCCUGAUGGAUCUGUCUACUUGGGCCAAUGGCGUGGAAACCGCUUUCAUGGCUAUGGAGCUCACUAUUUGGCGGAUGGAUCAUCCUACCAUGGGGAGUGGGUUCACGGUCAUCGAGAUGGUGUUGGCGUAG